AUGGUGCGGAAAGAGCGCCAGCAAAUGUUAGCGCACCUUCAGUCUGCAUUCGCAGAGAUCGAACGAAUGACAGUAGUGUACAGCGAUGCAAUCAAGCAGCUAAAGAAUUAUAUACAGCCAAAUUUGACGACGCAAUCGGCAGUGGAGUGGUUCAACAUGUAUUUGCGUGUUGUAGACAUAGGUAUCCACAUCCGUCGUGGUGAAAUUCGUCACCGUACUGUGCAACAAUUUACAUAUCCGUGUAUGCACAAAACCGGUAUUGAAGGAGCUGUGCACACAGGCCUGGGCAUUGACGACGGUAAUGCCAUUUUGCAGCUGAUGGAAGAAAGAAAGGUGAUUAAAGAGAGUAUGCUAGAUGAAUGGUUCAGAAGAAUGGACAUCCUGGAUAGGGACGUGGUUGGAUUAGCCGAUAAGGGUGUAUCGCAAUGCCUUGAGAACUUUCAAAGACAAAGCAGUGUCUUUUACGAUCGAGUUGACGUGACAGGGGAAGAUCCUUUCCAAAAAAUGCUCCUGCUUAGAGACUCGAAUGGCCCCGCUACAAUUCUAGCAAAGGUCGCUCGAAGAUGUUUCGGUCCCAAAAAUUGUUAUUGUGAGAUAGACGCAGAACCGUGGACGACGUUUUGUCUCAAGUCAGGAAGUCCUCAUGUUAACAAUCCAUUUACGAUUGGAGCUGCCGAGACCGCUGAACCUGGAAGAGUGGAGGAUGUAAAUGUUGUGGAUAUAAAACGCAGAAUGGGGUUUGAAUCAUUGACACAUGAAGAGAAACGUCAAGCACUCACACAUGAUACAAGUGAACUAGCUCGGCGCAACUUUAUUCGAGGACAAACUAUCAGCUGUGUCGUGGGUGGUCAAAUUGCGCCACUAUCAGCACGAUCUAUUUACCAGAAAAUGUGCCAAGGUAAGAGCAUCAUAUUAAAGCAACACAUUAGUGCACUGUUGGAUGUAAAAAAUGGAUCACACUAUUUGAUUCUGUCUAGCAUCGGAUUCUAUUCAGCCGAAGAUCUCCAGAUUUUGGUGGACAUAUUUUCCACACCUGGCUUGCCUCCUGUAAAAGAGCUCGAUGUGUCGUGUGGCUUUUUUAACGCUGCAGCAUUCCAAGUGAUAUGCAAAUUGCUACAAGUGCAGUUGCUUCGUCAAAGUAUUGAGCGACUUAGCCUCCGUGGCAUCGCUGUACCUAUGCGUGCUGAUGUCCCUGCCCUCAUGCGCAUCCUGAUUGGUGAAUCCAGUUCUUCUCUUGACUCCCUGCCAGCGCUUACACAAUUGAAGACGCUUGACAUUUCGUUCAAUACUCUGUGGUUUGAAGGUGCGGCUCUGCUUCGAUCACUGCUCUGUAGCCUUCGAAGUCUUGAAGAAUUAUCAUUGGAGUCCUGCUUUCCGGAAUUGAGUUCAUUAUUAGACGUAUCAUUUACCUCAAACGAUCAAGACGCGAUAAAGGAAAGCGUUCGCUGCGCUCUAGCGGAUGCUAGCACUCGACUUUUACGACUAAAUUUUGGAUCAAAUGCCAUUGAAAAGCGCUGGCUUGAUGCUCUUUUCACGCCUGAAAGCACUUUACAAAAAUUCGAUCUGUAUAGAAUGUCUAGCCCUGCAAUCAUGAGUGCCAGUAGGACUGACAGUACAGAAGUCGAAGCCUAUGACGUGUGGAAGCUCCAGAAUGUGAUCACCAUGAACUGGUCUUCCAGUAGUGACGUGCACUCAAAAAAAUUGCUCGGGGUUUUAUCUGAUGAGCUGCGAGGUGGCUUUGCUCGGAUAUUGCACCUUGAUGUAGCAGUGACUGUCACAGGCGAACACGAAGCUGGCAACCAAAUGGACAAAUUAGUUGCACAAGCAAUCACUAGCAUUUCCGACUACGCCGCCUUAAGAUCAUGUCGACUCAAGUAUUACUCUUGCAGUGCCAUCUUUCACGGGAUGGCUCUGUCCAUGGCUACUUUAUUAGAAAGCGGUUUGCACGAAUGUGAGACUUUGUCAGUGCAUAUGCCACAGCUGUAUCUAACAGGGCAUGCAAUUGGAGAGCUUUUAUCGAAUACCAAUUUUCACAGAAUGGAAAAAAUGAUGUUGGUAGUUGGGCUCAUUAGCGACGCUAGUCAGGUUCAUCCAGACUAUAAAUAUUGCUUUUUAAACAUGAAGAAUGUGCGAGAACUCAUAUUGGAGUGUCAUGUCCUGAUCGAGAACCAAAGCACCGCAUACGAGGAUGUCCGGGCAUACUUUAGCGCAUUUGCUCGUAGUUUGGAGUUAUCUUGGCUGGCACUGGGUUCAUCUGAUAGCGAUGUGAGCGAACAUGACCAAACGGCACUCAAUCACAGAAACGGCAAACUGACGCGCCAUUUUAUUUUGUCAGAGCGACAUCACCCGAAGACGUGGGUAUACCACUGUCGCUUUGCGGCCAACGAAUAA